UAACCAACUGCAACUGCUCUAUAUAAAGACACAAACCUUAAACUUCCCAUAUCUCUUGCUUCCCAUCUCUCGCAUGUUCAACACUUUUUUCUCGUAAAUAUUAUAAAACAUGAUGGAGUUUGUGAAAAAGUGUAAGAGGGUAUUGAGAAGCAGCAAGAGAUUGCACCCUGAAAACAAUGAGAGUGGAAGCUAUGGAAGGUUGAGAAACAAGGAGAGACAACAACAGCAACAGAAGAAUAAGAAGAACAAGUGUGGAUUGACCCCACAGGGUUGCAUUUGCGUCUACGUUGGACCCGAGAGGGAGAGGUUCGUGAUAAAGAUAAAGAUCGCGAACCACCCUUUGUUCAAGGCGCUUUUGGACGCUGCAGAGAGAGAAUACGGGUAUAGAAACGAUGGUCCCUUAUGGCUCCCUUGCCACGUUGACUUGUUCUGUGAGGCACUGGCGGAGAUGGAGGGAACCCUAGAUGCUGAUGCUGAUGCUGAUGCUGUGGCUUCUGUUGGUUGUGCCUUUUCUAUGCCCUCAUCAGCUUCUUCCUAACUUCAUUUCUGCUGCUCAUUACAAACUUCUGCUAUGUACCUAAGCAAUCACUUGAGGACCACAAAAAAUGAAAUUAACCUUUUUAUAAGUUUAAACUAACUCAUUUUAAAAAGAAAAAAUUCUUGUAUGAAAGAACUUUUACCCGUUAGUUUAUGAUGAGUUGACUUCAACCUGUGCAUUAAAAAAUGCCUUUCAAUUUUUCUUUGUAUUUUUUUCACCUAUAAAUGUUAAUAGAGAAAUUUAUACUCAAAUGUUACGAGACCCUUGUGAGUUGUUAUAAUAAUAGUAUAUGUAGACUAGAAACUUAUUUGUUGCAGCGUGUACAACUUAUGCUA